UGGAGGCUUCCUAAGCUCCGCCCUUCGCCGCCAGCCAGAGUGACAGGAUGGCGGUGCGUGCUGCGCGGCUGGUGCUUCUGGCCGGGGCAACCGCGCUGGCUAGCGCCUCCCAAGGCGACCGCGAGCCGGUGUACCGCGACUGCGUGCUGCGGUGCGAGGAGCGGAACUGUUCGGGGGGCGCACUGAAGCACUUCCGCUCCCAUCAGCCAAUCUACAUGAGUCUGGCAGGCUGGACUUGUCGGGAUGACUGCAAGUAUGACUGCAUGUGGGUCACCGUCGGCCUGUACCUCCAGGAGGGCCACAGGGUGCCCCAGUUCCACGGCAAGUGGCCUUUCUUCCGGUUCCUGUUCUUCCAAGAACCCGCUUCUGCCCUGGCCUCUUUCCUCAACGGCCUGGCCAGCCUGGUGAUGCUCUGCCGCUACCGCACCUCCGUGCCCGCCUCGUGCCCCAUGUACCACACGUGUGUGGCCUUCGCCUGGGUGUCCCUCAAUGCUUGGUUCUGGUCCACAGUUUUCCACACCAGGGACACGGAGCUCACAGAGAAAAUGGAUUACUUCUGCGCCUCGGCCGUCAUCCUGCACUCCAUCUACCUGUGCUGCGUCAGGACUGUGGGGCUGCAGCGCCCAGCCGUGGCCAGCGCCUUCCGGGGCCUCCUGCUGCUCCUGCUCACAGCGCACGUGUCCUACCUGAGCCUGGUCCACUUCGACUACGGCUACAACCUGGUGGCCAACGUGGCCAUUGGUCUGGCGAACGUGGCAUGGUGGCUGGCCUGGUGCCUGCGGAACGGCCGGCGGCUGCCACACACACGCAAGUGCGCGGCCGUGGUCCUGCUGCUGCAGGGGCUGUCCCUGCUCGAGCUGCUCGACUUCCCACCGCUCUUCUGGGUCCUGGACGCCCACGCCAUCUGGCACGUCAGCACCAUUCCCCUCCACGUCCUCUUCUUCAGCUUCCUGGAGGACGACAGCCUGUACCUGCUGAGGGAGUUGGAAGCCAAGUCCAAGCUGGACUGAGGACCUGGCCCCGCCCCGUGAUGGAUGUUAGCCUUUUACCUCUUCUGGUUUUCGUCUUCUGAGACAGGGUCUCGCUGUGUAGUCCAGGCUGGCCUCGAACUUAUUGCAGUCCUCCUGCCUCAGCCUCCUGAGGCAGUUUAGCUUCCUGAACUUGGACAUGAGGGAUGUGGGCCCAGACUCGUGGGCUGCCCACCCCUCGCUGUUCUCACAGACCAUGGGUCAGCGUCUGGGUUCAGAUGGGGAGCCCUGGGGCCUGCAGCUGAGCGGCGUUGCAGAGGAGACUGGAAACACUGCCUCUGCUCGUAGCAGCCAGACGCCCACCACAGGCGCCUCUCUGCGGGAGACCAGGUACCAGUUAGGGGUAAGAUGGGGUCCCCUUCUGUCACCCCGCCCUCCCCCGAGGCACCACCAGGUGGCACUAGAUGCCCGCUCUUUGUGCAGUUGGAAGGCCAACCUCUUUCCCAUGGGGUUGCUGGGACCGAGGACGGGGCCUGAUGAGGGGUUGCUCCCUGAUUUUGAGCCCUCACCUCACCCUCUUCGGGGAAGGGCCCCCGAGGGCACCCAGCAAGCGCGAGAGUGUGGAGGGGAGGGGAUGCCGAGCCGAAUGAGCGCAGAGGCAGGGGGGUCGGGGCUCGCAGGCUCAAGGAGGCCUGCAGUGUAGACGGAGUGCGCAGGCUGGGGUGGGAGGAGCGUCACACACACUGUGUGUGCGAGUCAGAUGAGUGUGCCAGCAAGCGUGUGUGCCACAAGGUAGGGAGUUUGGCGCGGGAUGGGGACCAGGUCACGGUCAUCGGUCCCCUGAGCGCCAGCUCUGCCCAUGGCCACAGCCAGGCACAGGCCAGGAUGCGCCCUGGUCUGUGGGGGGUCCUGUGCACACGAGUGUGAGUGUGCGUGCACGCACGUACCCGUCUGCCUGUCCAGUGCCCCUCUGCUGCCCUCCAAACCUCACAGGAGCGCCAGACAAGUUUUUUGGGUUUUUAUUUUAUUUUGUUUUUGAGACGGUCUGCUACGUAGUCAGGCUGGCCUUAAACUCACUAUGUA